CAGGCACAAACAUGUGCACGCAACCGGACGCAUCUCACCAAGCCGAAUCACUGAGCGAACGUUUGUGAGAUCAUCAACAUCCUCAUCAUCAGAUCAUCUGUAGACCCAUCUCAGGAGCUUCUGUCUAUCAGGAAUGGGCCGAAGGAGGGAAAGAGGAAGCAGGUGAAAUACAGAAAAACAAGAAAUACCUUGUUCGGGAAAUCUUACCUAACACCAUGGCAAACAGCUCAGAGUGGAUGGACGGCGGUAAUGAGUCAUUUGUUGGUGAUUUGGAAAUUUGUGCCAAAGCAAGGAGCCCAAGUCUACGAGUAGCUCUGUACAGCUUCAUAAUCUUUGGAAUUUUCUGUACAGUGGUUGGAAACUUUCUAGUGGUGCUGGCUAUUGCUUAUUUCAAACAGCUCCGCUCUCACACAAACUCCUUUGUCAUGUCUCUGGCAGUAGCUGACUUCCUGGUGGGCUUGGUGGUCAUGCCUUACAGCAUGGUGCGAACCGUCGAAGGCUGCUGGAACUUUGGGAAAACAUUCUGUCAGCUGCAUUCCAGCCUUGAUGUUAUGCUCUGCACUGCAUCCAUCUUCCAUUUGAGUUGCAUCGCAUUUGACCGAUACUACGCUGUCUGUAACCCGCUAGUCUAUUCUUUCAAAAUGUCCCGGAGUCGUGUGAUUCUGCUAAUUGUCAUAUGCUGGGCUGUUCCACUGCUCAUCUCCUUUGGUCCCAUCCUCCUGGGGCUACACACUCUUGGUGUGGAUGUACCCUUGCCUGGGAAUGUAUGCAUCCUUCUCGUAAACCGUGUCUAUGCCAUCAUAGCAUCACUAGUGGCAUUUUAUCUUCCUAUGGCCACGAUGCUUGUUGCUUACUGGAAGAUUUACAAAGCAGCCAAACGACAAGCCAUGCAGAUAAAUGCUUUAGAAGCUCAGAUGGCAACCGGUGCAGGCAAGAGCUCUAGCAAGAAGCAAAAGCACCGCAACUACUUGAGAAGGGAGAGGAAGGCAGCGAAAACCCUCGGCAUCAUUAUAGGUGUCUUCCUGCUCUUCUGGUUGCCCUUCUUCACUGUGAACAUCGUGGACCCUUUUAUUGAGUACAGAACAACAAGUGUGAUAUGGGAUGUGUUCCUCUGGUUGGGGUAUGUGAACUCAUCCCUUAAUCCUUUCCUAUACGGUUUCUUCAACAGGUCAUUCCGUAGGGCUUUCCUCAUGAUCUUGGGCUGCAGGAUAUGUCUGCCUGGAUCAGCCCCAAGCAUGGACCUCUCUCAUUCUAAGAAGGAUACAAAUGAGCGCACAGAGAAACAAUAAGUCAUGGUUCCACCUACAGUUCUGAAGUUGCAUGUGUUCAUUUGGCAGAUGCUGUCACAUAUAGUGAGCAGAUGAAGAAUAAAUACCUUACCAAAGGACCCAACAGUGAGUGGCUAGGAUUUAAACCAACUACCUCACCACUGAACUAUAAUUCUACAGACCAAUGCUGGACCUGUAUAGAUGACGUUGUGGACUGAUCAAGCUUAGGAUAGUCUCGAAGAAAGAAUCAUGCUUA